AUGGACGUGUUGACGCUUUAUAAUAUUUUAGAAGACGAAGCUGACGAAGAACUGUUGCUACUUGCAAAUUAUUUCAGGGAUGAAGAGGACGAAAUGUUUACUGAACGGAGUAGAGAAGGAUGUUAUAAUAUUUUAGUUGAAAGACGCCUUAUCGAUAACGAAUACAGAUUUCGUGCAUAUUUUAGGGUAUCAUUUGAACUAUUCAAUUAUAUAUUAGAUUAUAUUAAAGACGAUAUAAGAAGACAUCCAAGCAACAGAGUUAAAAGACCAAUAUCACCGGAGGAAAAACUCGCUCUCACUCUAAGAUUCUUAGCAACCGGAGAGAGUUACAGAUCUCUUUCAUUUCAGUUCAGAAUAUCGCACAGCUGGAUAAGUACUAUUAUAAAGGAAGUACUUGAAGCUAUUUGUAACCGAUUGAAAAACAUAACAAUGCCAGAACCUACCGAACAUAGCUUAAAAAAAAUAUCCAAUGAUUUCUAUGAAAUGUGGAAUUUUCCGAAUUGCUGCGGCGCUAUUGACGGGAAACACAUAAGGAUAGUUUGACCUGAUAGCUCUGGAUCACUGUAUUUUAAUUUUAAAUCAUUUUUUUCCGUUGUUCUAUUGGCUGUAGUUGAUGCGAAUAACAAGUUUAUAGUGGUCGACAUAGGGUCAUAUGGAAAAGAAGGAGAUGCAGGAAUUUUCCCUAAAUCAAAUUUGGGAAAAUUGAUUUCAACAGGAAAAUUUAAAUUUCCAGACCCAGAGUGCUUAACAAAUACUGAUAUAGUCGUGCCUCAUGUAUUUGUUGGUGAUGAGGCGUUUAAAUUAACGGAAACAAUGAUGAGGCCCUACCCUCGAAAUCAAUCAAAAACAGAUCAAACGAAAGCCAUUUUUAAUUAUCGUUUAA